CCCCCAAAAAAAAAAGACAUGACCACACGAGGAGGAUGCCGGACAGACGAGGAACUGACAUUGGUUUGCUAGCCCGGGCGUACGCGGUCAUGCCCUUGGUCUGGUGUGUGGGGUCGAUUGUGGGCCCCAUGAUUGGAGGUGCACUCGCAAAACCAGUCGAGAGCCUACCGUCAGUGUUCGCGCCAGGAAGCAUCUGGGAUCGCUUUCCGUACCUACUACCGAACCUUUUCAGCGCUACCUGUGUGUCUCUGGGGGUCAUUAUCGGCCUGCUCUUCUUGGAAGAGACUCACGCGGAGAAGAAGAAGCGUCGCGAUCGCGGCGUGGAGCUGGGAAACUACCUGCUCUCCUUGCUGCCGAGUUGGGGCGCCAGGGACAAGGGACGCUCGCCAGCCAAGGGUUCCGAGGAGGAGCAACCUCUGCUGUUUGACGCAGAGGAAUCCUUGCCCGGAUAUCUCACCAGCGAGGACUUGGCAGGCCCGUCAUCGGUAUCCGGUCCCUCUGGUCUCGUACAACAGGACGCACGCACUAGCAGCCAGCUGUCUCAGCAAGAAAGCAAGCCCGCAGCACGGAUCUUCACGAAGCCGGUGGUUACCAUCAUCGCUUCGUAUGGUAUCCUCGCAUUCCAUACCAUGGUGUUCGAUUCGUUGCUUCCAGUCUUCCUCAGCACGAACCCCCCUGACCAUAAGAUGCCGAUCACCCUGCCCUUCAAGUUCGUUGAUGGAUUCGGCUUGGACACUCAGACGAUCGGCUUCAUUCUCUCGGUUCAAGGCAUCUACUCGAUGGCGUCUACGCAUUUUCUCUUCCCCUUGAUCACCAAAAAGCUGGGCCCGCUCCGACUAUUCAGGCUGAUGUCCAUCCUGUACCCGCUCCUGUACUUCUUCACUCCUUACAUUGUGCUUCUUCCCCACAGCAUCCGGAUGGCCAGUAUCUACAUGAUCGUCAUCUGGAAGUGCACCUUCUCGACCUUGGCCUACCCGAGCAACGCCAUCCUCAUCACGAAUUCGGCGCCGACCACGCUGACGCUCGGCACGAUCAACGGAGCGGCCGCCUCGACGGCCAGCCUUUGCCGCGCCCUCGGACCCAUCAUCUCGGGCCUGCUGUACACGAUAGGGUGGGAGAGCGGGUACUCGGGGCUGGCUUGGUGGGUGACCGGCCUGGUCACCAUUGGCGGUGCUUUCGUCGGCCUGAAGAUCACGGAACCUCGAGGGCGGAUGGACGAGAAGGACGACAUCGAAGCAGCCCCGGAAUCCCGCGGUACCUGGGAUGGCGCCGCAAGGACGAACAACAGACAAGCGGAGCGGGAGUGAGGCAUUCCCUGCGCGAAUGUUCCUCUCUUGUUUUACGAGCCCCCUCUCGUUCUCUUUUUCUUGUUCCCUCUUCUUUUUUUUCCG